CCCAAGACUCGGGCUCAAACGCCCGAGGGACAGAUGUAAAGGUGGGGAGAGGUCAUGGCCCGUGGUGCUCUUGCCGCAUCCUGGGAAGAUGGUCCAGGCUUUCCACUUCUAGAUGUGAGGUUAAAGCAUUCUGUCAGAGGAUGGGAGGAUGCCACUAUGCCAAGGCCAAUGUCUCGCCAAUGCGUCAACGAUUGGCUGGGUGAUGGUGCUGGCUUUACUUCACGAAGGCGCGGCCAAGAACUCGGCACUGCAUUUCUGAGUUCCGAGAGAAAAACGUCCUUUGAAUAUGGGCCACCUCCGCAACAAGGCUAUCAGCAGCCGCCGCCGCCGCCUCCGCAGCAAGGUUAUCAGCAGCCGCCACCUCCGCAAUUCCAGCAGCCUCCUCCACAGCAAGGUUACCCACCACAGCAGGGCUAUCCGCCACAGGGCCAACAGGGCUAUCCGCCCCAGCAGGGCUACCCGCCGCAGGGGCAGCAAGGCUACCCACCACAAGGCCAACAAGGCUACCCGCCUCAAGGUCAAGGUGGAUAUCCACCACAGCAAGGAUAUUACCAGGGUCAACCUGGGCAACCAGGUUACCAGGGAGCACCAGGGGCAAAGGGUGCACCUUACACGCAGAACCCUUCUGCGAAGUCAAAGGCUGCACUCAUCGCAGGAAUAAUGUCUCCAUUUGGAAUCAUCAUCAUCGGAGCUGGCCUGUGGAUGUGGUGCAGGAAACCGGCCCCGCCAGGGGGCGGCGGAGGAGAUGCUGCGAGUGAUAUUGAGGACAGUGACAUGGAAGACGAUGGAUCUGGCUCUGAGAAAAGCUGAGCAGACAAUGUGCUGUGAGCUUCUCGGUGCAGUGACCGACAGCAGACAACGGUUUGACUCGAAUCUGCCGCUUGAUUAGCUGAUUUCCUCCAAGCUGUGGCAGACUGAAUCGCGGAGCUCUGUAAAAUUCCAGGCCGCGACAGGAUUCACUCAAUCAUGCAUUGUGUUCUAGAAGGGCUUAGAAGAUACAGCACUUGUUUGUUGCUUUCUUAAUUUGCUUUGCCUAGCGUUCAGGGGGCAGGUUGGACUCUUGCUUUGCU